AUAAUAUGUCCUAAUGGCCUCAUAUAUUCUAAACGCACUUACACUUCGUCACGACCAUGACGCAGCUGAACGAACAUUGCACCAUUUUUGGGAUACGAAAGAUCUUCUGGAUUCCGGGUUAAUUGAAGAACAUAUUGCAAGUCAACCCCUUUUGGCUGCAAGUUUAUUUUCUUUAAUUUCUUGCUCAUUUGGUCUUGUUAUCUUUACAAUCGUAUUCCUCACAUGUAGGUUUCGAGGGCGAUGUGGAUCACAAAAAUAUCAAGAAUAUCCUUCAAAUUCCAACACUUAUGCAAUAUAUCUUAUGUUAUUUUUCAUUUCCUGGCUCAUCGUCACAUCAGCUUCUGCUUAUUUUGUUCUCGCUGGAAUUGGAUUUUGGAGUGAAAAAUUGGAUGCAAAGAAACCAUUUGCUAAUGCGUCUCUUGUGAGAUUUUCGAGAAGCACUAUCAGUGAUCUAUUUGCUAAUUAUGAUUAUCAUGGAGAUUUUGAAAACGUUUCUGAGCUGCCCAAAAGUGGGCUGAAGAGAAUUCAUAUUAGUAGAAAACCACUUCAAACUUUUCGAAAAAGAAUUGAAAUUCCCAUUCGACCACUGGCCGAAGUUACAUUUUCUGGAACAUCUGAUAAGUUUAUUACAAAGAAUCGACCAAUUAUUGAUUCAAAUUUGAAUAAAGUAUCAGAUGAAAAAGAAGAAGUCGAUGACAUUAUUAAUUUGAGUGGGGACCAAGAGGAAGUUUCAAUUCAAAAUAUGCAUCAGCCUACGAAAAAAAUUUUAGUGAAUCAUAAGGAUCAACUUUCUGAAAUUCCAAGAAUUCCUCAAGUUUUUCAAACAUCAGAUAAUUCUGAAAACCUAGAUGGUAUAGAAGAUUCAACAGAAGAACCAGAAAAUUCUACAGACAAUGAAGAAGCUGAGAAUCAAUCGAAUAUUCUUGUGGUGAAUGGAGAAACAAUGACGAUUGAGGAAGAAUCUGAUUUGAUUGAUGACGUGGAAAGCGAGGAAACGACAUCCACAACUACACCAAGAACAACUACUACUACUACUACUACUACCACAAUCACAACCACAACGUCAGCUCCUACAACGAUUGCAACUUCUACGCCUAUAUCCACAACAUCAAAAGCCACUACAUCCUCAACUCAGUUGUUCCAAGAAGUAACCUGGAAACAAAUUGAGGAAACUGAUUCCAACAAUGUUCUAGACCAACUUCUCACUCACGCUGAAAACAAUGCUGAAAUUCCAUCUGACAACAGUCUGUCUUACAAUCCAAAUUUGACGUACUUCAGUCUUCAUUCAAGAUUGCUCGUUUUCAUCUGCAGAUUGGCGUUCUGUUUUGUUGCUUUGGCUCUUCUUUUUGUGAUAUUACCCACAUUUUUUCUUGUUGUCGCUGGCACUGGAUGUUACAUUUAUAGUGAUCAUCCUAUGAAUCGAAGUAGCGUUUCGAAUAAGAUUGGCAAAGUAGUCUCCGUAAAUGCUGCAAUCUUGUUAUUAAUGUCACCAUGUAUGCUGGUAUUUUCAUGUUUUACUCUAUUCUACACUCACUGUCACGAACUGUUAUGUGCUACAAUUCAACUUCAAAAUCAACAAGCAAGAGGAUUAGUCGAUACAAAUCAUCAGAGUCUUAUUGAAAAUUAUUCAAUCAAUACAAAUCAAUGUUCUCGAUCAUUGGCUCCUGUUCAAUCUCUGCUCCUUUCAUCACUUCUAUUAUGUAUUUCAUUGCUUCCAUGUGUUUUUGCAAUGUUCAAACUUGUGAAGUACUAUUUUCGAAUGAGUAGUGAAUUUUAUUGGAAUGCUGCUGAUAAUUUCGCUGGGAGACAAUUUUCAAAACAACAGGAAUUCCCCCGUUAUCAAAGUACAGUAAUCUAUCCAGAUGAUGAAGUUACAACUGGCUAUGCAGUUUAUGGACAGAUUUAAAUUUUUUUUUCGUUUUAAAUGGAGACUACGGGUUCCCAAAUGUAUUUUUAAUUAAAUGGU